AUGGUCAACCUAUUGAGUCCUCAGCUUCGGGAGGAGGUUAAGGAGCAAAUCGACCGGAACAUCAUACUUGGGUGUGGGCAGAAUACAUUCCGCCUGUCCGGAUGGAUAAAUGGAGUUGACCUUGGGGUCUGUAUCGAUUCUUUGGAGGAUUUAUAUCCACAGGGCUGCUGGCCGCAGUAUGGAAUCCAUGACGUUUUUGGGAACAGUGCUAGUGUUCGGUUGAUACAUCCUUUGGGUGGAGAGACCUGUAUAGGACAUCCAAUCACCCUACGACCAACUAUACCAUUAGCUAUCCAACUCUACGAGCUCGCAGUCGGUUACAGUUCGAAGGCUAAGCGCGUCGUAUGCGGUAUUAAUAAAGAACCGAUAAAAAAACUCAUUCCAACAGCAUUACCGGUGUCCUUUCCACGACCACCUAUUGGUUACGAGAAGCUAGUUCGCAGUGAUCAUUCCAUUCCACUACUACUGGGGGAGGCUACUCCACAUCCGUAA